AGCGUCGAUUCAAACGACCGCAACGACAUCUACGAUUGCGACGAUUACACGAACGACGAGUACAAAGCCUACGGCGGUUUCGUUAGCUGUAUCGGUCUACUUUGCUAGAUCAUACUCCCGCGGCGCACCGCAUCGUGUGAUGUGACCUUGGCCACUUGUUUCGCAAUCGUAACCUCAAACUACACCCAUUGGAAGUCGACUCCGUAUUCUCAUCAAGCUUCCGACAUACAAAAUGACAGCCUGGAACGUAUUCCGAUUGCUGGGAGACUGCUCCCACCUUGCAUCGAAAUGCAUCCUCCUCUUCUCGAUCCAUCGCAACAGGAGUGCGGAAGGUGUCUCCCUCAUCACCCAGGUGCUGUAUGCCCUGGUUUUUUGUACGAGAUAUACCGACUUCUUCUCCGAACAAGUGCUUUGGAAUCGCUUCUUCAAGGCCUUCUACAUUCUCUCGUCGUUUUACACUGUUGGGAUAAUGCAGUGGAUCUAUCCCCGAUCCAGGGAGCGCGAGAUGGCCUGGAAGGUUGGUGCUGGCGCCCUCGGCGGCGCUCUGCUCCUUUCCCCCUUCGCCAUGCUUAUCCUUGAGCCAAAGUCGCACUGGAGCAUGUUUGUGUGGAUUUGGGAUUUCUCGCAGAUCCUCGAGUCUGUCUGCAUCCUACCCCAGCUCCUCCUUUUGCGUCAGACCACCGUACCGACCGUUAUCGACUCCUUCUACCUUGUCGCCCUGGGCUCCUAUCGGGCCCUUUACCUCGUUGGAUGGAUUAGCCGGGAACUCGAUUUGUCGGACAAGCCUCCCAACGCUGUUUCGGUCGUCUUCGGCAUCGUGCAGACAGCACUCUAUGUCGACUUUGCCUGGGUCUACUACACGCGCCAACGAGUCAAGCUUCGCAACGGCGGUGUUGUCGAUGCCGACGACCUCAACCGUGGCUGGUUCCUCCAUAGAAUCUUUGGCAAGCCCAGCAACCAAGACUAUGGUGAGGAAGAUGAGGAGAGUGCCCCUGCGCUUGGUCGUCACGAAAGCCGACGUGGUGGUAGCCGGUCCAAGUGGGGAGCGAGGGGCAUCUCCGUCAGCGCUGAUGAUGGUGUGCUAGAAGCUGAGCGCGGAGAGAGGGCAGAGUAUGAUGGCGGCAUCGUCGACCCUGAUGCCAAGAUGCAAGACCCUGAUGAGCUUGCCAAGGUGCUCGACGACGAUGACGACGAUGAUACUCCCGCUGCUUCGUCGAGCGCCAGCCACAACAGCAACAAUCGAGGCGGAUCCCCAAGUGGAGUCCAGGGUGGCCAAGAGUGGCGGGACAACUGAGGGGUGGGAUCCGAGUGGUAGCGAAGCGGAAGCCUCGCAGGGCCCGUGAAUCAGAUUCUCGGCUCUCGCAGAUGUGCGUGUUUUCACGAUGUGUUCUGAUUCUGUGUCUCAGUCAUAAGUCCAGGGCGAGUUCGCAUGCUCUUAACCCAAUCCUCUGUUGGAGGCUACACGCGCAAUCUAUAGCACGGUAUUCCAUAGCGGGUCUAUUUUUUUUUCCUACUACUGUUCAACAAUUCAUGUACACAUAAGAUGAGCGAUGAGAAUUACUUGUCAUACGACUACAUUC